AGAAAGCAAAGCAAGCAACAGACCAACCAAACGCCCACGUCAGACCCCAGCCGGCUAUCUCGCGAACGGCGCGGCGUUCAUUCUCACACUCAUCACAUCAACGCAGCAAACAGGAAGGAGUGAACGACACACACACACACACACAAGCACACACACACACACACACACACACACACACACACACACACACACACACACGUCGACGGGGAAAUGUCGAUGAAACUGGCUGGCACAGCCAUGCUUGCUGCAGCUUUGGUGUUGACGAUGAUGGCCUGCGUGGGCCACGCACAUUGGUCCCACCAGCAGCACUCGCAUCAUGCAAAGAAGGCGCUCCUGAAAGAUGUCUCCGUCCUCACCCUGUCCUCCGACCAGAUGACAACCGGAAGGCGCUCGCGUCCAGUCCCUCAAAUGACCUGUGUCGACGGCACCGCCAACUGCCAUCGAGAUGUGCUGCCAACCGUCAUGCAAUGCCGAAACGUCGGCUGGGACGGAAAUGACGUGCAGUGGCAGUGCACGGCGGAGCUGGACAACUCAGUGAAGCUUGGCCGUACAGACGUCACGUGCGAAGGGUACGACUACCCGGACGACCCGUAUAUCCUGGCCGGCAGCUGCGGAGUGGAGUACACGCUGGACAGCACCGGCAACUACGGCUCCCGCCAUGGCAAACACCACCACCACCAUCACCACGCAGGCCACGCUUCAUCUGGUGGUGGCAGCAACUUCCUUCUCAUCUUGGUCCUUGUCUUCCUUGCCUACCAAAUGUACAAGUGGUGCUCUCGAGGUCGCGUUGCGCAGGAGAUGUACGGUGAGGGUGCGAUGGAUCCAAAUGAUUUUGGACCAGGCGGCCGCUUCCACAACACAGCGCCCCCACCAGGGUACCCCGGGAGCGGCCCCGGCUGUGCGCCGCCGUCAUAUCAGCAGGCGAUGAAUCAGGGCGCAGCCGCACAGGGCGGGUGGAACUUCUGGCAUGGGUUUGGCCUCGGCGGGUUGCUGGGGUACCUGGCCCCCCGCCGCCGCGCAUACUACGGAUAUGGGAUGCAGCCGGGCUGGGGUGGAGGCUACCGCCAGAACAACUACUACUACAACACAGGCGCCAGCGCACGUCGCUCGCCCUCGCCUCCGCGCAGCAGCGGCACGCACGCCAGCACCGGGUACGGUGGAACGCGUCGCAGAUAAACGCACUCGACACAUCCUCCGCUUGCAUUCCCUCCUCCCUUGCAUGCGUGUUUUGCCUGCUUGCUGUGGUGGUGCUCUCCUACCUUCCCCCCUGUGCGUGUGUUUCGUUUGAUGAUGUGCCAGACGAUGUGAGAAUCAACGAACGCAGCUGGAAGGACUCUCCGAAAGUCCAUGGAAGAUAUCUCUAAUCCUC